AUGUCUCAAAAUCUACAGACCAUAGCGCAAGAGGCUUUGGACACGAUGCAGAUAAAGGCAGAGGAAAACACAACUAUGAGAGGCGAAGACAAGUUGAACAGCUUCAGCAGCGGAAAUGAAUUCGGCACGUCUUAUGAGCACUCAACUGGUGACGACAAAAGCAGUCAGGCACCAUUGGAAGAACACCACACUGAGUCGGGACGUAUGACACCAUGUCCCAUUGAUGCGGGAACGCCACCGACGCAGAUGGAGGCAUCCGAACCAUCAACGCCGGCUCAUGGGGCAGAAGUCCCGGAGGUUCUAGACCAAAAGGAUGGUGCCUCUUCUUUGGACUUUACGGCACCUACUGUAUCACCAAUUUCUGCUGCUCAUGAUGAAACUCUAGAUGCGCUAUUCGAAAUCGACGAGGACUAUGAGAACCAGCAUGAAAAGCAAAGCGCGAAUCCGAGCAACGCGAUCUCUUUGCCGACUGGGCCCAUAAAUACUCCAAUUCUUCAAUUGAGCACUAUACGCGAUUCAAGUGUGGAUGCAGGCAUUGAUGGAGGCACAUCAGAUGGGAACCGAGGCCCGCGAAGUACUAGCCCAACCACAUCUAUCGCAUCGUCGGAAGACAUUACCGUCGAGACUCAACUACGGUCUGGCAGCAUAUCAGAAAAGGUAGCAACGCAAGAUUUGGACCUGGGAAGUCCCCAAGAGGAUACAAAUAGUAACAGUAUUACUCUCUCAGAACCUGCUGUGUCGAAUACAGAGAAUUCAAAAGGCUCGGGCGUGGAGUACGUUGACCAUGAAAACGACCAGACAGUGAAAGAAGAGCACGAGACUACAGAGUUGCCCGAAUUUGGCGAAAUACAAAAUACAACUCGAUACGAUGAAUUGGAGACCAGAGUUCCAGUCGCUUUCAUGGAAGUAUCACCCAGGGACUACAUUCAACCAUCAGACCAAGAUAGCCAUAAGGAUCAUGAUAUCUUGGUUUCACCCGACGCGGAUCUGGCUCAGCAGGUAGUCCAUGACAGCGCAGUGGACAACCCAAAAUCAAACAGCAUGACAGAUACAGAGAUUAAUGACAGGAAGGAUACUCAAUUGCCAGAUACAGAUGUCAAUGGGGAUUCUGAGCCGCAAUUGACUCCACCAAAACUAGAGCCGGACGCCAACGUUGGACAAGAAAGCGCAGAGGAACCGCGGGAAUACCAAGAAACGCUUUCGAGGAAGGUACUUGACAAAGAAGAAAUCCAAAAGCCAGAAGAGAAUCCAGAGCCUGAUGAGGGAGGCUUGCAACCCACAGAGCAACCAGACCUAGAGAUUGAAGCCACAAAGCCCAAAGUGCGAAAGCCGCUCCCAACGGCCCCGGUAAAGAGUAACGCGCCAAAGAAGGCACCCACUCCAAAGGGACCCAGGAAGAGGAAGCUAGGAAUCUACGAAUACUCGUGGGAGUCGGACCCCGAGAGCUAUCCCAAGAAGAGCAAGAUAGCAUGUCCGCAGCCCGACGCCAAGGGCAAGAAGCCGCCGGCAACGGCCAGAACGGGUACAAAGAAGCGGCAGCGAGAGGCUUCCGAGGCCGAGGGUGCUGCGUCGGAUGACGAGGCGUUGGCUGGCAAGAAGGCUGCAUCUAAUAAGAAACCCCGUGUUCCAAAGGUCAAGGAAAUAAAGGCAGACAAGAAAUCUGCCCCGGAGAAAAAGACGCCACAGAAGCGCGGGCCAAAGCCUGGGUCCAAAAAGACAAAGAAGGUCGAGGAAGUCAAGCCUGUCGUUGAUACAGAUUUUGAAAAUGAUUCGGAAUUUGUCGUGGAAGGUGAUGAAGAGGGGGAUUCCGAGGACGAUUGA